CACUCGGUCUCGGGGCCGAGAAGACGCGCGCGCGUGCGCGCACAUCCCCCAACACACAGACACGCGCGACCGAGCGUGGAGAAGGGGGAGGAAGAGGAGGCGGAGGCGGGUGGGGGAGCAGGAGGAGGAGGAGGAGGAAGAGGCGCUCCCGGUGCCGAGGGAGAGCGCUGGGCGGCCGGGCUGGUUCCGCCGAGGCGGCCGCGGGCUGUUGGCGAGGCGGGGACGCCCCCUCCCCCCGCCUCCUGCUCUCCCCCCGUUCCCGGUACUGACCCUCACACCGGAGCCAAUAUUCCCGAAAUUAAGAGAUACGCUGCGGCGGCGGCGGCGGCUGGAGCUGCGGGGCCCGGGGCGGCCGGGACCGGAGGGGACCGCAGCGAGGCCGCCGCCGUCGCCGCCAUGGAGGCGCUGGGACCAGGGCCACCAGCCAACCUGUUUCAGCCUCCCCGUCGUCCAGGCCUGGGAACAGUAGGGAAACCAAUUCGUCUCUUAGCCAAUCAUUUCCAAGUGCAGAUCCCUAAAAUCGAUGUUUAUCAUUAUGAUGUGGAUAUCAAACCAGAAAAGCGUCCCCGGAGGGUGAACAGGGAGGUAGUUGAUACUAUGGUGAGACACUUCAAGAUGCAGAUAUUUGGGGAUCGGCAGCCUGGCUAUGAUGGCAAGAGGAACAUGUACACUGCACAUCCUCUGCCUAUUGGCAGGGAUAGGGUGGAUAUGGAGGUCACACUCCCAGGUGAAGGGAAGGACCAAACCUUUAAAGUGUCAGUUCAGUGGGUGUCUGUGGUCAGCCUUCAGAUGCUCCUGGAAGCUCUGGCAGGGCAUCUGAAUGAAGUCCCAGAAGACUCUGUACAGGCACUUGAUGUCAUCACACGGCACCUUCCCUCUAUGAGGUACACGCCAGUGGGCCGUUCCUUCUUCUCUCCCCCUGAAGGAUAUUAUCACCCACUGGGAGGUGGUCGUGAGGUUUGGUUUGGCUUCCACCAGUCUGUCAGGCCUGCAAUGUGGAACAUGAUGCUUAACAUCGAUGUAUCGGCAACUGCUUUCUAUCGUGCCCAGCCUAUUAUUGAAUUCAUGUGCGAGGUCUUGGAUAUUCAGAACAUCAAUGAACAAACAAAACCCCUUACAGACUCCCAGCGUGUUAAGUUUACCAAAGAAAUCAGAGGUUUAAAAGUAGAGGUUACUCACUGUGGUCAGAUGAAGAGAAAAUACAGAGUUUGCAAUGUUACUAGAAGACCAGCCAGUCAUCAAACGUUCCCUCUGCAGUUGGAAAAUGGGCAGGCCAUGGAGUGUACAGUAGCCCAGUAUUUUAAGCAGAAGUACAGUCUACAGCUGAAAUACCCUCAUCUACCAUGCCUUCAAGUAGGGCAGGAGCAGAAACAUACAUAUUUACCCCUUGAGGUAUGUAAUAUAGUAGCAGGCCAACGAUGUAUCAAGAAGCUAACUGACAAUCAGACGUCAACGAUGAUCAAGGCAACGGCACGGUCUGCACCUGACAGGCAGGAAGAAAUUAGUAGACUAGUGAAGAGUAACAGCAUGGUAGGCGGUCCAGAUCCAUAUCUGAAGGAGUUUGGAAUUGUUGUCCAUAAUGAAAUGACAGAGUUGACAGGCAGGGUGUUGCCUGCACCAAUGCUGCAAUAUGGAGGCAGGAAUAAGACGGUUGCUACACCAAAUCAGGGUGUCUGGGAUAUGAGGGGAAAGCAGUUCUAUGCUGGCAUCGAAAUCAAAGUUUGGGCUGUUGCCUGCUUUGCCCCUCAGAAACAAUGCCGAGAAGACUUGUUAAAGAGUUUUACUGAUCAACUGCGCAAAAUCUCCAAGGAUGCAGGGAUGCCAAUCCAGGGCCAACCGUGUUUCUGUAAAUAUGCACAGGGUGCCGACAGUGUGGAGCCCAUGUUCAAACACUUGAAGUUGACUUAUGUUGGGCUUCAGCUAAUUGUUGUGAUUCUCCCUGGAAAGACACCAGUCUAUGCUGAAGUCAAACGUGUUGGGGAUACUCUGUUAGGAAUGGCCACCCAGUGUGUUCAGGUGAAAAACGUGGUGAAAACCUCUCCGCAGACUCUGUCCAACUUAUGUCUGAAGAUCAAUGCAAAACUUGGUGGGAUAAACAACGUGCUUGUACCACAUCAAAGCUGCAGCAGCUGCUGGGUGGGGCAGGGCAGCUUGUCUGAGCCACGUGCGGUUCCAGAGCCUUUCCAGAAAAGGCCCUCUGUAUUCCAGCAGCCAGUGAUCUUUCUGGGAGCAGAUGUCACACAUCCGCCUGCUGGGGAUGGGAAGAAGCCUUCCAUUGCUGCUGUCGUAGGCAGCAUGGACGGCCACCCUAGCCGCUACUGUGCUACUGUGCGAGUACAGACUUCCCGCCAGGAAACUUCCCAAGAGCUGCUGUACAGCCAGGAAGUGAUUCAGGACCUGACCAACAUGGUGCGAGAACUGCUGAUCCAGUUCUAUAAGUCCACCCGCUUCAAGCCCACGCGGAUCAUCUACUAUAGGGGAGGUGUGUCAGAAGGCCAGAUGAAACAGGUGGCCUGGCCAGAACUCAUUGCAAUCCGGAAGGCCUGCAUCAGUUUGGAGGAAGACUACAGACCAGGAAUCACCUACAUAGUUGUUCAGAAAAGGCAUCACACAAGGCUGUUCUGUGCUGACAAAUCUGAAAGGGUGGGGAAAAGUGGCAAUGUUCCAGCAGGCACAACUGUGGACAGCACAAUCACACAUCCCUCUGAAUUCGACUUCUACCUCUGUAGCCAUGCAGGAAUUCAGGGAACUAGCCGUCCUUCUCACUACCAAGUCUUGUGGGAUGACAACUGUUUCACUGCUGAUGAAUUGCAGUUACUGACAUACCAGCUGUGUCACACUUACGUCAGGUGUACACGGUCUGUCUCGAUCCCUGCUCCUGCAUACUAUGCCAGGCUGGUAGCAUUUAGGGCAAGAUACCAUCUUGUGGACAAAGAUCAUGACAGUGCUGAAGGCAGCCACGUUUCAGGACAGAGCAACGGCCGUGAUCCUCAGGCGCUAGCCAAGGCAGUGCAGAUCCAUCAUGACACCCAGCACACAAUGUAUUUUGCCUGAUACGAAUCUGAGAGUCUGAGGCAGAAGCAGUAGCCCAGUUGGGCAGGUCACCAACCACUGGUGGUUAGGGCUCAUUUUUAUUUCAGGCUGUCCACCACCAGCAGCUUGGGACAGUUGCACUGAAUUGACGCAGCAACAUCUGAUGCAGGCGCAAUUGAGCCAUUUUUAUUUUGUGAUUUUCAGUAAAUAGGAAUUUCAUAGACAGUCUUUGCAUUGGACUGAAUUUUUACCUCAAAGCGCAAAAGGCUGAUCCUCGUAAAAAUAAAUUUUUAAAGGACUUGGCACGAAAGGUUUUUAUUGAAAUAUUUUGCUAAUCAAUUUUAAGUUACCUCCUUGUUCCCCCCAUUAAGCUUAUCAAGAAGCUGAAUUCCUCCUGGGCUUCUUCAUACUGCUUAGUGAGUCUCCAGAUAUGGCAAAACAUCUUAUUCCACUGUUCUUCUGUGUGGGGCCAUAUAGACUUUAUAAAUGGAACUUUUACUGUAAACACCUUUCAACAACUAUUACUUUUCUGAGGUAUUGCUGUUUGUUUGGUUUUUUUUUUGCUUUGUUGUUAAGUUUUACUAGUCUUUUUGUAAAUCUCUCUGCAGUCGUGGGCUGCAGAACAAUUGCACUAUAACUGCGAAUUCAACUUGGUGGUUCUUGUUCUGUGAAUGUGUAACAUAAGCGGAUAGCAAUGCCCUAUGGCAGGUCUAGUAAAAUCAUAAUGGUUACACACAACUGCCACUGUCUGGUUCAGAAUGCUGAACUGCUUCCCCCUCUAAAAAGUAUGUGACUAAGUUCUAAAAGAUUAGUUUUAGGUAUUUUUCAGACAUUACGAAAGUGCCCAUUUUAUGCUGCUGUGUUUGAUGAAUUGAGGUCAUUUUUAAUACUCUUUUUCAUAGAAGGUUUUAACUUUGGCAAUAAUUUUUUUUAAUACCCUGGCAGUAACUUUUCUAGUUGAAUACUUUACAUGAGUUACAGCCAACAUUCUUGUGUAGAUUGACUUGACUUUGCUGAAGAAGAAAUUUGUUCUUAAAUGGAUCAGAAAAGGCUCCCUUCAUGCUUUUUACAAAUGAUUAUUUUUAACUGUUUUAUAUUCACCAUUGGUCUGUCUAGCCCCUUUUUAUAAGCUUGGAAAGUGGGUGUUCCAUAUAUAGGAAAGGCUUUGCCAAUAUGUACAGUUGUGUAUAGUGUGAAAGUAGCAAUCGAAGACUUUUACCAGCAUUUUAAAACUUUUGUUUCUCUGAGAGUUUAGGUUGCCCGCAUGUACAGCAACAUUCGCUAGCAUGUGUGAAGUGUACAUUUCAAUGUUGAUCUUGACCCAUUUCUAUAAAUUAGAACUCUUAUUUGCUUGGUUCUCUUCCACUAAAAUGUGUAAUGCAAAAAGCGGGGGUGGGCUGGGGCAUCUGCAGACCAUAGUAGUGCUGCCUUGAGACUAGCUUGUGAGUGUUAGCGCAAUAUGCUUUAAAUUCCUAGUUUUUAACUGAGAUGAUGCCACUGUGAAAGAUUGGGAUUUUGCCAAUAAUUGCACUCUAGUCUCUGAUGUGAGCAGGUGGUGUUGCAGAGUCAGGUGACCUUGUGAACGUUUCGAUCCAGACCUCAAGGUCAGCAAUAUGCUAUGUGGUUUAGAUUUUUCCUUCAGUCUUUUUGAAAUAGAGCUUGUAGAUACUUGGAAAGUUUACAUUUCUAAAUACUGUCAGUCAGCUGUAUCAAAAUACACUUGACAUUAGUCUUCUGAAAGCAGUUUUUGUAAGCUCCUCUUAGAAAUCUCUCUCUUUCUCCUUCCCCCUCUCCCCCCCUUGUGGGUUCUAGCUUAUAAAAUUUUAUUUCCCCCCCCCCCCACCAAACAGGAGCAAAGCAAACUCUGCUCUGACGCAUAGUGUGGCCAGGCUUAGAUACUAGAUUUAUUUAAACGUAUUUAAGUCUUUCGUUUUCUUUUCCCCUUAAGAAUACCUCACUUGUGUAAUAAAUAUCAGGACAUGUGGGGAGGAAGAGUGCUGCUUCAGUUGGUCUGCUGCUUUUCUUUUCAUUUUUAAAAA